AAAAAAAGGGUUUUACAAUUUACACAACCCCCCUAGCAAUCAAUCCAAUUCCCAAUCGUCAUGGUGUUCUGGGGAAUUGAAGUGAAACCCGGAAAUCCUUACACCCAUAAGUUUAUACUAGGUGGAGGACGCCUGCGUAUUUCUCAGGCGACUUUGGCUAUUGGAACUGCAACAUUAAGGAGUUCGGUGCAAUGCAAUGUUGGAGACAAGCGUCCUGUUCUUUUAUGUGCUCUACUGCCUAAUAAGAACGAGUCGUUGCAGUUAGAUUUGGAAUUUGAUGAGGCUGAUGAUAUUGUAUUUUCUGUGAUUGGUCCACGUGCCGUUUACCUAACUGGGUAUUAUGUUGGUCACAAUCGUCUAUCAAACAUGCAAGAUGAAUCAGAAUCAUACGGAGAGGAUAUUGCAAAUUCAGAAACACAAGAAUCGAAUCAUUGUAGUGAUGAGGACGAAUACGAGGAUAGCUUUAUCAACGAUGAUGAGCCUGAACCUCUUACACCUUCUCCCGUUUCAAGUGUCAGAGAUGAUGACGAGGAAAAUAUACCGAAGAAGAAACACAAUUUGAAUGGUGGUCAUAAAAGACUCAAAAAGAGGUAUCAGUCAAUCGAGUCUGAUGAUGAACUGAUUGUCCAGGAAAUCGAUGAAGAUGAUGAUCUUCCAAUUUCAUCUAUUUGCAAGAAUGAUAAAUCACGGCCACCGGGUAAAAGAACUAACAAAAAAACAACGGCAGAUGUAGAAAAAGUGAAGAAAGAUAAGGAUGAUCAGCGCAAGCUGAAAACUGUCAGUUCCCCUGUUCCUGGUUCAAAAGAUACAGCUGAUGUAGAUUUGAUGGAUGUCAAAGAAGAAGGAAGAGUGGGUCAUUCGAAUACUGCUGAAGCAAUUCUAGAAAAGAAAUUAAAAACAAGAAACAUAAGUCAAGAUUCUGCCAAAGAGGAAAAGGCUUCUGAUGUGUUGGCUGCCAAAGAUGAUCAGAAGCCUAAAGAUGAUGAGCACAAGUUAAAAACUGUCAGUUCUGUUGUUCUUGGUUCAAACGAUACGGUUGAUGUAGAUUUGAUGGAUGUCAAAGAAGAAGGGAAAGUGAGUCAUUCGAAUAUGGAUGAAGUAAUUCCAGAAAAGAAAUCAAAAACAAGAAAGAAAAGACAAGAUUCCUCUAAAGAGGAAAAGGCUACUGAUGUGUUGGCUGCUAAAGAUGAUCAGAAGCUAAAAGAUAAUGAGCACAAGUUGAAAGCUGUCGGUUCCCCUGUUCUUGGUUCGAAAGAUAUGGUUGAUGUAGAUUUAAUGGAUGUCAAAGAAGGGAAAGUGGGUCAUUCGAAUACGGCUGAAGUAAUUCCAGAAAAGAAAUCAAAAACAAGAAAGAAAAAACAAGAUUCCUCUAAAGAGGAAAAGACUACCGAUGUGUUGGCUGCUAAAGAUGAUCAGAAGCCUAAAGAUGAUGAGCACAAGUUGAAAACUGUCGGUUCCCCUGUUCUUGGUUCGAAAGAUACGGUUGAUGCAGAUAUGAUGGAUGUCAAAGAAGAAGGGAAAGUGGGCCAUUCGAAUACGGCUGAAGUAAUUCCAGAAAAGAAAUCAAAAACAAGAAAGAAAAAACAAGAUUCCUUCAAGGAGGAAAAGGCUACUGAUGUGUUGGCUGCUAAAGAUGAUCAGAAGCUUAAAGAUUAUGAGCACUUGUUGAAAACUGUUGGUUCCCCUUAUCUUGAUUCAAAAGAUACGGUUGAUGUAGAUUUGAUGGAUGUCAAAGAAGAAGGGAAAAUGGGUCAUUCAAAUACGGCUGAAGUAAUUCCAGAAAAGAAAUCAAAAACAAAAAAGAAAAGACAGGGUUCUUCUAUAGAGGAAAAGGCUACUGAUGUGUUGGCUCCUAAAGAUGAUCAGAAGCCUAAUGAUACCAAGAUUGUUGAUCCCUCACUUGAGGUGUUGGAUUCUGCUGGAGGUGUACCUGACAAGAAUUUGAAACCGAAGAAGAAAAGAAAAGGGCGUAGUGAAGUAAGUACAGAUGCUACAAACAACAAUCUGCUUGCAGGAAACAAACAGGAAGAUGAUCAGCAGGCAACCGAAAAGAGUUCUUGUGUCAAUCCCAAGCAGAUAGUUGAUGAAAAUGGGUCAGAGGAGAAAAAGGAUAAAAAGAAAAGGAGAAAAACGAGUAAAACAAACGAGGUUGAACAAAAUAUGGAUGUUGAAAAAGAAACUAGACCAUCUACAGUGGCACCUGAAUCAUGUAAAGAAAAGAUACUAUCUAAUGGACUUGUUAUUGAAGACCUUGUGACAAGUGGCAAAUCUGAAGGAAAAGUGGCUGCUGCGGGAAGAAAGGUCAAGGUAAACUAUGUUGUCAAGUUAAAAGAGAAUGGGAUAGUCAUUGAUUCAAAUGGAAAGUCUCCCUAUAAAUUUCGACUAGGUGACAAAGAAGUUCUGGAGGGGCUGAACGUUGGUCUAGAUGGUAUGCGAGUUGGUGAUAAAAGAAGACUUACCAUUCCACCAUCAAUGAGUUCGGGGUAUAAAGGAACUGGUGAGAACAUACCCCCAAGUUCAUGGCUGGUAUAUGAUGUGGAAAUGACCAGCAUCCAUUAGCAUGUUCAACUUUAUGCACCUAUUGUUAUUGAAUAUUUCUUUUUCUGCAAAAAAUUAAGAACACUGAACUGGGCUCAGAAAUUUUUGGUAGUUAUAUUUUUGGGUCGAUCUUUACUGUUUCUUUUGUAAGAAUGUGUUGAGAAACAUUCUGCUUAGUAAGAGGAACCACGCAUGGAGUCUUUAUUAUGUGGAAAAUUUUGUACGGUGUAAUUAUGGGCUAAACAGCGGAUUAAUAAUAUAUGAUUUUGGGUACGUUUUGCA